AUGAACAUGCUGACUGCCAGCCUGCUGAGGGCAGUCAUAGCCUCCAUCUGUGUUGGAUCCAGCAUGGCUCAGAAGGUAACUCAAACGCAGAAUGAAAUUUCUGUGGUGGAGAAGGAGGAUGUGACCUUGGACUGUGUGUAUGAAACCCGUGAUACUACUUAUUACUUAUUCUGGUACAAGCAACCACCAAGUGGAGAAUUGGUUUUCCUUGUUCGUCAGAACUCUUUUGAUGAGCAAAAUGAAAUAAGUGGUCGGUAUUCUUGGAACUUCCAGAAAUCCACCAGUUCCUUCAACUUCACCAUCACAGCCUCACAAGUCGUGGACUCAGCAGUAUACUUCUGUGCUCUGAGUGAGGCCACAACACAUAACACUGUGACUACCUCAGGAACCUACAAAUACAUCUUUGGAACAGGCACCAGGCUGAAGGUUUUAGCAAAUAUCCAGAACCCUGACCCUGCCGUGUACCAGCUGAGAGACUCUAAAUCCAGUGACAAGUCUGUCUGCCUAUUCACCGAUUUUGAUUCUCAAACAAAUGUGUCACAAAGUAAGGAUUCUGAUGUGUAUAUCACAGACAAAACUGUGCUAGACAUGAGGUCUAUGGACUUCAAGAGCAACAGUGCUGUGGCCUGGAGCAACAAAUCUGAUUUUGCAUGUGCAAAUGCCUUCAACAACAGCAUUAUUCCAGCAGACACCUUCUUCCCCAGCCCAGAAAGUCCCUGUGAUGUCAAGCUGGUCGAGAAAAGCUUUGAAACAGAUACGAACCUAAACUUUCAAAACCUGUCAGUGAUUGGAUUCCGAAUCCUCCUCCUGAAAGUGGCUGGGUUUAAUCUGCUCAUGACGCUGCGGCUGUGGUCCAGCUGAGAUCUGCAAGAUUGUAAGAGAGCCUGUGCUCCCUCGCUCCUUCCUCUGCAUCGCUCCUCUUCUCCCUCUCCAAACAGAGGGAACUCUCCCACCCCCAAGGAGGAGAAAGCUGCUACCACCUCUGUGCCCCCCCGGCAAUGCCACCAACUGGAUCCUACCUGAAUUUAUGAUUAAGAUUGCUGAAGAGCUGCCAAACACUGCUGCCACCCCCCUGUUCCCUUAUUGCUGCUUGUCACUGCCUGACAUUCACGGCAGAGGCAAGGCUGCUGCAGCCUCCCCUGGCAGUGCACAUUCCCUCUCGCUCCCCAGAGACUGCCUCCGCCAUCCCACAGAUGAUGGAUCCUCAGUGGGUUCUCUUGGGCUCUAAGUUCCAGAGAAUGUUGUGAGGGGUUUAUUUUUUUUAAAUAGUGUUCAUAAAGGAAUACAUAGUAUUCUUCUUCUCAAGAUGUAGGGGGAAAUUAUCUCAUUAUCAAGGCCCUGCUAUGCUGUGUAUCUGGGCGUGUUGUAUAUCCUGCUGCCGAUGCCUUCAUUAAAAUGAUUUGGAAGAGCA